GAAUUUUACUCAUUUUUUCUCAUACUAUUUACAAGGCACCAACAAAGAAAAUCACAGCAUCUCUACUACCAAAACCAACCUCUUUUUUUAUUUUAUAUAAAUACAAAUAAUUCAACGCCAUCAUGUCAGGAAAGGGCGUAGUUCGAAGCAUUAAAAACUAUGCAAAAGGGUUUUCUGACGUACAAAUCAGAGUCCGUGAAGCUACCUCAAACGACUCUUGGGGACCUAGCGGAACUCUUAUGAAUGAGAUUGCCCAGAUGACCUACAAUCAGCACGAUUUUGUUGAAAUUAUGGACAUGAUAGACAGACGUCUCAAUGACAAGGGAAAGAAUUGGCGCCACGUCUUUAAGGCGCUACUUCUAUUAGAUUACUGUCUCCACGUGGGAUCAGAUAACGUGGUGCUGUAUGCUAAAGAGAAUGUUUAUGUCGUAAAAACCCUCAAAGAAUUCCAGCACAUUGAUGAUACUGGAAGAGACGUUGGUGCCAAUGUGCGACAAAAGGCAAAAGAAAUUUCCAACCUAUUACUAGACGAUGCCCGUCUAAGAGAAGAAAGACGCCAAAGACAGCAGAUGAGGGACAGAAUGAUUGGUGUGACUGAUUACAUGAAUGAAACCAUGUUGGGAACAAGGAACGAGGACGGAGAACAAGUAUACACUCGCCCUGGUUAUCUAGACGAUGAUAAGGAGCUCAGAAAAGCGUUAGAAGAAAGCAAACGGUUGGCAGACGCAGAG